CAGCAGACACACGACUUCCCGCCUCCAUGUUCGCCAGGGUCUACAUGGACUGCUACUGGUUGCUGCUGUUGCUGUUGCUGCUGUGUAUUAGGGUCCGGUUGAGUAGCAACGAGAUCUUGAUCUUCAUAAGGUACGAUGUUCGAGUCCUUGUCAGGAGCAUCCGCUGCAGCAUUACGCUCUUUGCCCUUCGCGAAAGGAACUUCGACGACGGGCGGCGUUGCAUGAUGAGGUGGCCGGGUGAAUAGGUGUUGUAGAUGGGUUCUGAAGGUGAUGGUGGCGGCGACUGGCGGUGGAGUGGUGGGUGGUACAGGUGGAGGAGCUGAAUGAGGGCUUCUCGUCAUAGCAAGCCUGAGUCUUUGGAGGCGCCCAGGACGUUGUCGAGGUCGUGACCGGACAAUUUGAGAAUUCUG